UAUCAAAGUCAACUAAAUGAAAAUUUGCAAAUUGGGGGUUUGCAAAAGGAAUUGGGCGCACUGAGUUCACAAACCAGUUGCAAAUCAUGUUAAUCUCUAUCCUCAUACUAUCUAUAUAUGCAAACAAGCCCUUUGAAUUUCUUCCAUUAUUAUCUCUUUAUUAAACAAUUUGAAAGUCAGCUCUGUCUCUCUGUCUCUCUUUCAAUGGAGAACUGGGACUUGCAAUCUGUGGUAAAAGGAUGUUGCACCACUAGUACUCUUGGAGCUCCUACCAGUUCUGUGUUCAUGGAAUCUUUUACUUCUUCUUCUUCAUCAUCAUCAUCAUCACCUUGUUGUAAUCUUCUUCCUUUUCGCAAUCCAGAAGAUGAUAUAUUUCACUCUUUUCCUCAUCUUUUUGAAACCACAACUGCUUUAGAUGAACUUGAACAACUUUAUAAACCCUUUUGUCCUCCUGCUUUGCACCCUUUGAUUUCCUCUCCAACCGUUGUAACCUCCCUUAUGGAUGUUCCUAAAGAGGUCGAAUUACCGGAGAAGAAGCCGAAAGACAUGAAAGAUUCUGUAAUUAAACAUAAGAGAAGAAAAAACCAGCAGAAGAGAGUGGUGAAAGAGGUUAAAGAAGAUGGUUUAAGCUCGGAUAUGUGGGCAUGGAGAAAAUAUGGACAGAAACCAAUAAAGGGAUCUCCACAUCCAAGAAGCUAUUACAGGUGUAGCAGCUCAAAAGGUUGUCCGGCAAGAAAACAGGUUGAAAGAAGCUCUUCUAAUCCCGAAAUCUUCAUCAUAACCUACACUGCGGAACACAUCCACGCUCAUCCGGUUCGUCGAAACUCGCUUUCCGGAAGCAGCAGAAGCAAAUUCCCAGCAUCAUCCAAACACAAAAGCGACAAAAAGAAUUCUUGUUUGGUGGAAUCCAUUGAAGAUGAUGAGCUUGUUCAAACUGUGAGGGUUAAAAAGGAGGAAGAACAGGAACAAGUUGUUGACGUUGAGAUCGAGAGGAAUGAGAUUGAGAUGAUGGAUAUGAUGUUAAGCCAUGAAGGAACGAUUCCAAGCUCAUCAUCAGAGGAUUUUGUUGAUAAUAAACAAACCUCAUUAGAACCAGACAUGGAUAGUAGAUUUCUGGAUGAUCAGUUUUUCUCAGAUGGGUUCGUUGAUGCUUGGUUUCUUGAUCAGCCUGCAAAAUUAAGCUCUCUAGAUGAUUCACUAAACAGCAAUAGUGAAGACUAUUCAACAUGGGGAUUAUCAAAUUUAGAUCGGUUUCUAAACGAAGCAGAAGAAGAAGAAGAAGAUGAUGAAGAAUAGUCUAUGUUAUAUAUAUGUAUUAUUAGUCUUUGUUUUGUUUGAUUUCUGAUGAGAGUUUUUGUUUUUGAUAUCAAAUGUAGAGUUUAACUUCACAUGAAUAAUAUGGAAACAGGAUCAGGAA